GAAAGAUGAGUGGGAAGUCUAAAUGUGUACUUACAGAAAAUGGCGUACUGGAGUUGUAUAGCCAAAAUUUACAACAUUCUAUUAAUGUGCAAGUUAUCUUCGUAGCAACUAAUGACAUGAUGUCUACCUCCGUUUAUCUGACGGAAAACAUGUCUCUCCCGUUGUCUUACUUGUGAAGAAAGAUGGCAAGCCUGGUUUUGGUGUUGGUGCUGUUCUUACUAUUCAUGAUAGAGAAAAAUCUUUAAUCCACUUUGCUUCAGAUGUAGGAAUGAGGGAUUAAAAUUGACGCAUUAAGUGUGAAGAACUGAAGAUAUGGGAUUUUAACCUUAUUUAGA